CUGGAAGCUCCGAAGCGAACUAUGGUACGGACUACGCACUGCUGAGUAUAAGAAUAUGAAAUUGGAAGGCGCGGCGGAGAGAGGCAGUUAAUCCCGAUACCCAUACUCGACUCCAGAGUAUAUAAUUUCCUGAGGUCGACGAAAGCCUCUCCCUUCCUCAACACUCCUCCACCACCAUGACUAAGCCGCCGCCUUCAGCCUUUGACGCCCUCAUGUGCGGCGCACGGGCCGCCGCCGCCAAGAAGAGACGGCUUUCUCCUCCUUCUCCAUCUCUGAAGAAUAAGAAAACAAAAUCCCCCCAACCUGAAAAGCAGGUACCGUCGCCUACCCUGAUUCCCUGGAAUGCUGCUUCUGCUUCAACGGAGUUGAUCACCGAACUGAAGAAGCGGGCACCCCUCAUGAAGAAGAAUCCCUCCGAGUUUGAUCCGCGCUCUGUUGUUUGUUGGGAGGAAGGCCAACCCAUACCCUUCCUGCUCCUCUCAUUGGCAUUCGACAUGAUCGCCCGAGAGGCUGGUAGGAUUGCGACCACUGACAUUGCGUGCAACCUUCUGAGGACCGUCAUUCAUGCUACGCCUUCGGAUCUCCUGCUGGUCGUCUAUCUCUUGGCCAAAAGGAUUGCUCCCCCACACCAUGGGUUGGAAUUGGGUAUAGGACCAAAUAUCAUCUCCCAGGCAGUUUCUGAUGCUUAUGGUCGGGAUCCAAAGCUGGUUACGAAGGAGUAUGAGGAAAAAGGUGACUUGGGAUUAGUUGCCCAGGCUAGCCGAUUGUCACAGUCUAUGAUGCGGAAACCCGAACCAUUGACCAUUAGAAAGGUUUUCAACACAUUUCACCUCAUUGCCAGGGAAGAAGGAAAAGACAGCCUACAGAAGAAAAAGAAACAUAUAAAGUCACUUCUUCUUGCUGCCACUGACUGUGAACCUUUAUAUCUGAUCCGUUUGUUACAGAAAAAAUUGCGUAUUGGAUGUGCCGAACAAACUCUCUUAGCUGCAUUAGGUCAAGCUGCAGUGUAUGCUGAAAAACAUUCAAAACCACCUCCUGGAAUCCAGUCACCUUUAGAAGAGGCAGCAAAGAUUGUUAAACAAGUCUAUUCUGUUCUUCCUGACUAUGACAAGAUAGUGUCUCAAUUGCUUACGGAUGGUGGUGUAUGGGGUCUUCCAAUGAAAUGUAAAUUUACUCUUGGAGUUCCAGUUGGGCCUAUGCUGUCAAAAGCUAUCACAAGUGUAUCUGAAAUUCUAAACAGAUUCCAGGAUGUAGAGUUCACAUGUGAAUACAAAUACGAUGGAGUGCGUGCUCAGAUACAUUACAUGGACAAUGGGUCUGUUGAGAUUUAUAGUAGAAGAGCUGAACGGAACACCGGAAUGUUUCCUGAUGUUGUUGCUGCAGUUUCAAGGUUAAAGAAAACAAAUGUAUCAUCAUUUGUUCUUGAUUGUGAGCUUGUAGCUUAUGAUCGCUCAAAACAGAAAAUCCUUCCUUUCCAGGUUCUUAGUACCCGGCCUCGCAAGAAUGUAACUUUGAGUGACAUAAAGGUAGAUGUUUGCAUAUUUGGUUUUGAUUUGUUGUAUCUUAAUGGCCAAGCACUUCUUCAGGAAACCUUAAAAGUCCGUAGAGAGAAUCUCUAUGCCUCCUUUGAGGAAGAAUGUGGACUUCUUCAGUUUGCAACAUCAAUGUCAUCAAAUGAUAUUGGGGAUGUACAGAACUUUCUUGAAGAAGCAGUUAAUGCCAGUUGUGAAGGAUUAAUUAUUAAAACAUUAAAUGAAGAUGCAACAUAUGAACCUGCCAAGUAUUCCCUGAACUGGGUAAAAUUGAAGAAAGAUUAUCUGGAAAAUGUAGGGGACACACUGGAUUUGGUACCUAUUGGCGGUUUCCAUGGCAUUGGCAAGCGUACAGGAGUCUAUGGUUCUUUUCUCCUUGCUUGCUAUGACAACAAUAAUGAAGAAUUUCAAAGUGUUUGUAAAGUAGGAACAAAAUUCACUGAAGAAAUGCUAGAAGAACGUUGUGCCAUUCUGCGGUCUAAAGUGAUUCCCAAACCAAAGGCAUACUAUCGGUGCGGCGAAAAAAAUAUUCCUGAUGUUUGGUUUGAAGCCAGUGAGGUGUGGGAGGUAAAAUUUUCUGACCUAACCAUCAGCCCUGAUUACCAAGCUGCGGUGGGUAUAGUAGAUUCAAAUAAGGGCAUAUCUCUUCGAUGCCCACGCCCACUUCGGGUUCGGCCUGACAAAACCCCUGAGCAGGCGUCUUCAUCUGAGCUGGUUGCUGAGAUGUAUAAUGCUCAAAAGAAUAUCCACAGAGAGAAAAGCAACGAGAAUGACAGUGAGGAAGAUGAUUAUUGAAGGAAAAUGGAUUUAUUUUUCUUACUAGGUAAUAUUCUUGUUUAUUGAUUAUUGGGUUUCAUUUGAAGGAUUAUUUAAAAGAUGAAUUGCAGAUAUAUGAAGGACUACGGAGUAAUUUUUAAAUUUAUGGCUAAGGGGUCGUGUUGUGGGAUCAAUGUACAACUCAUUCUGGGUCACAAUGUUGUAUGUUUAUUUAUUCUUGGUGUCCUUGAUAAUUUCAUGAGGCCACACGUUGCUAACCGACUUUGUUCCUUAGCGAUGGUUGAAGUGUCGUUCACUGUGAUUGGCCACAGCUAGGAGCGACCAUUGUUUCCAUUAAAGACUUCAUCAUCCCCAUCGAUGAUGCACCGACUCUUGCUAUCCGACAUUGAUUCUUUCACCCCACUAUAUAAGCUUAGAAGUUGUGCACAGUCCUAGGUGUAGUGUCUCUUUUGUGGACAUCAAUGAUAGAUCCAACUGCCUUGCAUGGUCAAUUCUCUAAGGCACAACAAAUAUGAGAUCAGCAUCAGUAAAGGAGAGACAGACAAAGGCAUAGCACCUAGAUAGAAUCCCACAGCAUUUGACUGAGAUUAGCCUUGCAAGCUAAAAGGUACACUUUGAUGUCACAAUAUUUAUAUCGGCAAGUUUAUAGUGAAAAGCCUGUCAGAAUAGUCACUUCUGAAAUUUACAUUAGUUGCUACAUUUGUUUACCUAAUAAGUCAAUUUCAAAGUUUCUAUUUCAUGCAUGGGUUGUUGAAUUGGUUUUCUGAAAGCAAUUUUUUAUGACGAACUGGUGAUUUGAGGAUGGUCAAACACUGAAACAAGCUAAGUAUGAGAUCAGUCCAGAUUGGACAAAUUCCUAUGUCACACGGGGUCAGAUCAUUAGAACCAAAUGCAAAUAUUGUCUGGACCAUCUCACAUGGUUACGUUGGAGCCUGGAGUAAAAAUUUCUCACCCUGGUGUCAUUGUUGUGUAAUUGUCAGUGUUAGACCAACAAAUAACAAAUGAUGUAAUAGCAGAAUUCGAGAAAUGUUCCCGACUAGGAAAUUGUCAGUGUUGUAUUUUACCUCUAUUGAAUCUGAGCGAGUCUAGACUCCAAUAACUCCAUAUUCUAGAUGGCAGCUUAGAUACUUGGGCUAAAAAAGUUUCGAACUUCAUAAUGUGGUCAUGCUAGAGACAUAAAUAGAAACGGAUAAUUAUAAUAUGAGAUCCUUUG